GUCCACAAUCUUUUUGCUACCGCACUUGUUAGGCGUGCAGUCCAACUCACCCUCGACCUCGAUAGACAGGUGGCUUGUCCUUGUGUAAAACUAUCUAGAUUUCUUCUGGAGAUGGCGGACAGUCUCGAAGAAACUUUGGCCAAGAUUCGCCCCCAUACUUCUUCUAAUCUACCACACCAGAAGGCACCUGCUACCCUCUUGAUCGCGCUCGAAUCGACCUUUGCCGAACAAAACACCCAGAGGACACCGACUGCUUAUUUUGCUGCACUUUUGACGACUCUCGAUAGCACCCUACAAGCUGCCCGUUCGUCUACACCUGACUUUGGCGAUGGAGAUGUCUUGCCCGCCGAGUUAUAUAUCCUUGCUUUGGUGAUCCCCCAUGUACCCCAUCCUGUUAUUCGUUCACAUCUCUCAACAAUUCUGUCUCUCACUGCACCACUAUUUCCUGCAUUGGUACCGCACGCCCCUCCCUUGCGAUCGCAACUCUCGCUUUAUGAAGCAGUUUUACGUGCUUUGGACCGAUCACAAUUAGAAACUCACGGUCUUCGACAAGCAUUUGAAUCUAUAUUGCACCUAUGCCUCGAUCCACGUCCAAAGGUGCGUAAGAGGGCGGCCGAACUAGUAAAGGAUGUUUUGGCCCACCCUCCGCCGUCAUUGCGGCACCCGUAUGCCGACAGAGUAGCAGAAUGGGUCCAGGCUGCACUUGCUGAAGUCACCUCUGGAGGCCUUCCCAAAUUCAAGGGCAAGAAAGCUGAAAGUGAAGGAUCCGAGACCGCAAUUCAUCUGCUUGCUUUUCUGCGACCUGUGUUGCCUUGCCUCCCUUCUUCAUCAUUACCGGCGAUCACUUCUUCAUUGCUUACACUUCCCCGUUUGGGAAACCCUUAUGUUUCCCAGUCUGCCUACUCUAUCUUAGCAGACUUACUGCUGAUUCCCGUGGAAGAUCCAGUACACAAUAUUCAGGAUCGUCUACCAGAGAUCCUCGACGCAAUCUUGGCCUCACCACCCCUAAGGACUGAUUCUAGCGUUACUUCGGCUUGGGCAGGCGUCCUUGGACAUGGCAUGAUUGCUUACCAUGAAGCAGAUGCAGAGGCGGCUUCGAAGAAACUUUGGGAAGUUUGGCAUGCGGUGUGGCCUUUCAUGGAAUCCACGGAUGCCUCAGUUCGCAAAGCUGUAGCUCAAUCCCUGGACUCGCUCACGCAGUGCUUUACCCCUUCGAUCACGGCGAGUGCUAUCAAGGAGAAACAAUCGAACGAAGGCAAAUCAACUUUGAGAAAGGUCAUCGCUCAGACUACCAAAGCCUUGGAUUCACUGGCAUUUGCCAGAUCCACGCCAGAAAUUCUGUUGGUUGUUUCCUCGUUGCUUUCACAUCUGCGAUUCCGUCAAGAUGGGCAGGGGUCACCUACUGCAGCGGAGGAAUUGCUUCUGCUGUCAGUGAAGAAAAUUGCAGACCUGCGACUGCAGAAAGGAUUCGAGUACAAAGAAUCUGCAGAUGCUACUCUCAGUGUCGCCAUGGGUGUACUAGGACCUGAGGUUCUCCUGCGAGAACUGCCGUUGAAUUUGGAUGUCGCAGAUCGUCAAGCAGGUCGCGAACCCCGCGCUUUCUUGCUGCCCAUGCUUUCUCAGCCUCAUCCUUCACCACUGUCGCACUUCGUCUCCUACUUUGUACCAUUCACCGAACGCAUGUUUGAUCUCCAAGCGAAAGCCGAAGCUGAAGGUCGUCCAUCGGAGGCGAAGGUCUGGAGUGUCUUGGUCGAUCAAGUUUGGUCAGGCCUACACGGGUACUGCUAUGGCACUCCCGAUUUGAAAGAGGCUUUGACACCACAAUUCUCUCAGCUUCUUUCCCAGUUGCUAUAUAGUCAACCGAAUUUGCGGCCUGCGGUUCUCAAGGCCCUCCGCCUCAUGGUGGAAUCCAAUGUCGCUAUCGCGUCGGGUGAUGGUGAACGCUUGGCUAAGCUGCCAGAGGGUGCUCGUGCGGAUCCAAUAAGCCAGGAAGCUGCCUCUGCGAACGUAGCGUUCUUACGUACUCAAUGCGAAAGCUGGUUGGCUGUACUCUUCAACGUCUUUACCAGUGUUGGUCGAGAUGGUCAGGGAAUGGUUGGAGAUGUCAUCCGCGCUUGGGCAUCCAUAGCAGAUGAGAAGGAAAUCAACAAGGCUUACCACAAGCUGGUAAAUCUCCUCAAUCAGAACGUCGUCAAAGCUCAGGCGACUUCUGCAACCAAGGAAUCUGAGAGUGUUACUGGAAUGACCCUCGAUCUGCUCAUCCUGAUGUCGCCCUACUUUUCGUCUUCCGACGCAACUAACUUGUUCAACCUUUGUUUGGCAAGUGACAUACUGGAGAGCAGAGACAACGCUGUUCAAAAACGGGGAUAUAAGGUCCUCUCAAAGGUGGUCGAGAGUGGGAAAGUCAAUGUGGAUGCGGAGGAUAUCCUUCAGCGAUUAGACAAAGUCACGGAUGGAUUGACUGCUGCUGCUAAAAAGGAUCGUUUCUUGCUUCUUACUCUUCUCGUCGCUCGUAUCCCUCCAACCAGUUUGCACCUUGUCCCUUCGAUCAUCCCGGAGGCGGUCUUGGGCACCAAGGAGCCAUCCGAGAAGGCUCGCAAUGCUGCUUUUGACUUGAUCGUAACCAUGGGCAAGAAGAUGGCCGAGGGAGGUGUGGUUAAGAGGAAUCUAGUCGAUGGCAUGGACGAGGAUUCUGCUGGUGAAGCCAAAGCUAGCAUCGAAGAGUACAUGACCAUGAUCGCUGGUGGUCUGGCUGGUGCGACUCCCCAUAUGAUCAGCGCUACCAUCACUGCCAUUUCAAGGCUUGUUUUCGAAUUCAAAGACGAUAUCUCUCCGCAGAUGCACGUUGAAAUAUUCACAACGCUCCUAGUCUUCCUCACUUCCGCCAACCGGGAAAUCGUGAAGUCAACGCUUGGCUACGUCAAGCUUGCCAUACACACCAUGCCCGUUGAACUUCUUCGUCCUCAUCUCAAGGAAAUUGUGCCAGCUUUGUUGAAAUGGUCACACGAUCAUAAAAACCACUUCAAGGCUAAAGUUCGUCAUAUCUUCGAGCGCCUGCUCCGACGGUUCGGUUGGGAGGAUGUAUACUCUUGUGCCACCGAAGACAGUGCUCGAAAGGUAUUGCUGAAUAUCAAGAAGCGUAAGGAUAGAGCGAAGAGAAAGAGAGCUCGUGCCGCUGAGAACGACGAAGAGGAUGAGGAACCUACCGCCAAGCCAGCCGCAGGCGAUGCCUUUGAGGAUGUGUUGUAUGGCAGUGAAAGCGAACUUGAUGACUCGGAUGAUGAGAUGCCUUCUGGUCGUCAAGAUCGUGCUGGGAAGCGCAAAGAUAAUGGUGGAGCUCGACUUCGAGUAGACGAUGAUGAACCCAUGGAUCUUCUUGCAGGCGCCGCUUCACGCAUCACGAGUGCCAAUGGAAAGAAGCGCAGGAAGCCAGGUGAAGAUGCCGCACGCUUCAAGACUGACGAGGACACAGGAAAAAUGGUCAUUGGUGACGAGCAAGAUGAAGAUGAGAAUAUGGAGGAAGAUGUUGCUGGUCGAGCCUACCGUGAAAGUCUCACCUCGGCGGAUGGUUUCACUAGAGGACCAAAUGGACGCGUCAAGUUUAACAAGGAUACGAAGAAGCGGAGACGUGAAAAUGAGGACGGCGAGGACGUUGAGAUGGCAGACGCAGAAGCUUCAAGUGGUCGAAAGAGCAAGCGGAAGUCUGACCCUAAGCUUGGACAUGAGUUUAAGGCCAAGGUAUGUCGUCGUGGAUCCGUGAUAACAAGCAUCGCUAAAGCCUCCGGGCGCAUUUAUAGAAGGCUGGUGGUGAUGUUAAAAAGGGAGGCGUUGAUCCAUACGCGUAUCUCCCACUUUCACAAGCAGCGAAGAAGAAAGGUCGGAAAGAGAGGCUUGGUGUUGCGGGAAAAAGAUGAGUUCUUUGGAACACAUCAUGUCUUUUUUUGUAUCUUUAGCACUAUCUUCAGCUGCUUUUAUCCUUUUCUGAGGGGACUGUAGUGAAUAAAGUCACUCUUUCGCGUCGCAGUCUCGUCACAUCUUAAGAUUGGUGGCGUCUUCGUAACCAUCGCGUUUGCAGUUUACUUUCAUAUCCUUAGUCUGCAUCAUUCG